CGAGAACAUAGCUUACAACGGGGAUGCAACCCCGGAUGAAGAUGGAACGGUGAACUUCAACAAUGCUGACCAAACCUCUCAGGUUGGUUGGAUUACUUAUUCCGAAAAGGUACCUAUAUGGAGUCAUAGAACUGGUGAGGCUUCAAAUUUUAACACCAGUUUCUCCUUCAAAGUAGACGCUCGUAACCUUUCAGCAGAUGGUCAUGGGCUCUGUUUCUUUUUCGCUCCUAUGGGAGCUCAACUACCUGCAUACUCAGUUGGUGGUUUCUUGAACUUGUUCACUCGCAAGAAUAAUUACUCGUCUUCGUUUCCACUCGUUCAUGUCGAAUUUGACACAUUCAACAAUCCAGGAUGGGAUCCUACGGAUAUUGGAUCUCAUGUGGGGAUCAAUAACAACUCGCUUGUUUCUUCCAACUACACCUCUUGGAAUGCAAGCUCACACAGCCAGGAUAUUGCUCAUGCAAAGAUCUCUUACGAUUCUGUGACUAAGAAUUUAAGUGUGACUUGGGCUUAUGAGCUAAUAACCUCUGAUCUUAAGGAGAGUUCAAGCCUUUCUUACAUCAUCGACCUCGCAAAGGUUCUGCCAUCGGAAGUUAUGCUCGGGUUUAUAGCUGCUUCUGUGACAAGCACAGAGGCAUAUAGACUCUUAUCAUGGGAGCUCAGUUCAACUUUGGAUAGCGAGCAAGCUGAUAGCAAGAUAGGAAUCAUACUUGGCAUUUCGGUUUCCGGGUUUGUUCUCCUGACCUUUAUGAUCAUCACAACCGCUGCGGUUUGGUCACGGAACCUAAAAAAGAAGAAAGAAAGGGAUACAGCCAACAUGAUGUCAAUAAAUGAAGACCUCGAAAGGGAAGCAGGACCAAGAAAGUUUUCUUAUAAGGAUCUUGUGUCAGCAACCAACGGAUUCUCAAGCCAUAGAAAGCUGGGUGAAGGAGGCUUUGGAGCGGUUUAUGAAGGAAACAUGAAAAAAAUCAAUACAAUGGUUGCGGUGAAAAAGCUGUCCAGUGGUUCAAGGCAAGGAGUGAACGAGUUUUUAAACGAAGUUAAGAUCAUCAGCAAACUGAGACAUCGAAACCUCGUGCAGCUCAUCGGUUGGUGUAAUGAAAAAAACGAGUUUUUGCUGAUCUAUGAGUUAGUGUCAAAUGGUAGCUUGAACUCUCACCUCUUUGGUAAAAGACCUCAUAUACUCCCUUGGGACAUAAGGUACAAGAUAGCUCUAGGUCUAGCCUCUGCUUUGCUUUAUCUUCAUGAAGAAUGGGAUCAAUGUGUACUGCACAGAGACAUCAAGGCAAGCAAUAUAAUGCUGGAUAGUGAUUUCAAUGUAAAGUUAGGCGAUUUCGGGUUGGCUAGGCUUGUGAACCAUGAUUCCGGUUCCCACAGAACAGGACUGGCUGGAACUUUUGGAUACAUGGCACCUGAAUAUGUGAUGAAAGGAAGUGCAAGUAAAGAAUCAGAUAUGUACAGCUUUGGAAUUGUUUUACUAGAGAUUGUCACAGGGAGAAAAUCGCUGGAACGGAAACAAGAAGAUAACAGUGAUAGUGAAAGUGAUGAGAUCAGUCUUCUGGAGAGAGUUUGGGAACUUUAUGGAAAACAAGAACUGAUGCCUUCAUGCGUAGAUGAGAGAUUAGGUAAGGAUUUUGAUACUAACGAAGCUGGAUGUCUUUUGGUAUUAGGGCUAUGGUGCGCUCAUCCUGAUAAAAACUCGAGACCUUCGAUAAAACAAGCGAUCCAAGUCUUGAAUUAUGAGUCACCAUUGCCUGAUCUGCCAUUGAAGAGGCCUGCUGCUAUGUAUUACAACUCAACUUCUUCUUCUUCUCCCACGAUUAGCUCAAGUGGAGUUUCGGUAACGUUCUCGAGCAUUGAGUAUGGUCGUUAGUUUGCUGAAGAUUAGAGAAUCUCUCUUCUUUUGCUCUGUUUUUGCCAUCUCUAU